UUAGUGUGUAGUUUUAUCCAUAAUAUUAAUAUACCCAGUGUAAAUAGCAAUAGUUUAAGCCUAGUCGCGUUGAAAGACACUCACUUGGUGAAAUGGGAGGAUGUGGCAUAGAGUACUUUAGCCGGCAGUGCCGCUCGAGAGUCGGGAUAGCAGCCCUCGGCGCAGAGCCCAGUAGUUGAUAUCAGAAAUUGGCCAGUGUCCUACAGAUACAGCAAGAUGAAGGUAUUACUGGCAUUACUUUUUUGUACGAGUGCUGCUUUAGCACAGCACGAUGCCCAUUGGGUCGAUGGUAGAAACACCAUCGUGCACCUUUUCGAAUGGAAAUGGUCAGACAUUGCUGCCGAAUGUGAAAAUUUCUUGAGUAAGAAAGGAUUUGCUGGUGUUCAGAUUUCUCCUCCAAGUGAAAAUGCCGUUUGCGACGGUAGACCGUGGUGGGAAAAAUAUCAACCUGUCAGUUAUGUUCUUAACAAUAGAUGUGGUGACGAAAAUUCUUUAGCUGACAUGAUCAGAAGAUGUAACAAUGUUGGAGUAAGAAUCUAUGCCGAUUUAGUAGUAAAUCACAUGGCUACCUCAACUGGUCAAGGUACUGCGGGCAACAACUGCGAUCCAGGAUCCAAAUCUUAUCCAGCCGUAUCCUAUUCGAAUGAAAACUUCCACGCUUCUUGCGAUAUUAAUUACAGCGACGCCGCAUCUAUCAGAAACUGCGAACUGUCAGGUCUUAAGGACCUCGACCAAAGUCAAGACUACGUCAGAGGCAAAAUUAUCGAGUACAUUAAUCAUUUGAUUGGCUUAGGAGUUGCUGGUUUCCGUGUCGAUGCAGCCAAACAUAUGUGGCCUACUGAUUUAGCCGCUAUCUUUGGUAGUGUAAAUGACUUGAACACUGAAUUUUUCCCUGGCGGUUCCAGAGCACUUUAUUACCAAGAAGUUAUCGAUACCGGUUCUGAUCCAGUGUCCAACACCGAAUACACUGGCUUUGGCAGAGUUUGCGAAUUCAAGUUCGGUGCUCAACUUGCCAAUUGUUUCAGAGGUAAUAAUCCAUUGAAAUAUCUAACUAACUGGGGUACUGGCUGGGGUCUUCUUGAUGGCUAUGAUACGUUAGUGUUUAUUGAAAAUCACGACACUGAAAGAGGAGGCUCCACUAUGAACUACAAGGAAGGUAAAAAUUACAAGGCUGCAAUUGCUUUUAUGUUGGCGCAUCCUUACGAUGGUCUUACCAAAGUGAUGUCUUCCUACUUCUUUGAUUACAGCGACCAAGCUCCACCAUCAGACGGUGACAACAUCCUUAGUCCUGGAUUCAAUCAGGAUGGUACCUGCACGAACGGUUGGGUCUGUCAACAUCGUUGGUCACCUAUAUUCAACAUGGUAGAAUUCAGAAAUGUCGUUGCCGGAACUCAACUUAACAACUGGUGGACCGGAGGUGACAAUCAAAUCGCUUUCAGCAGAGGAGACAAAGGAUUAAUCGCGAUUUCUAUUAAUGGAGAUAUCAACUCAAACAUUCCUACAGGCUUGCCCGAUGGUACUUACUGCGACGUCAUAUCUGGAAGUUACGAAAAUGGAUCUUGUAGUGGAAAAACUGUAAAUGUUAAUGGCGGACAAGCUUACAUUCAGAUUAGUUCUGGCGAUAGUGAAGCCGCUGUAGCUAUUCAUGUGAAUGCAAAAUUAUAAAAAGUUUGAAAUAAAAUGUGAUAUUUUUUAUUUUUUGAAAUUGCAUUGUAUUUUUCCAAAAACCUCAA